UUGCCUCGUGAGCUAACACACCGUAAAGCGGCUGGGUGAAUCAGGAAAGCUGCGUUUUCGCCCAAAAGGCCAGAACAGGUAGCCCGCAGGUGCAGCCAGGGUUCAUCCGGACCAGAGCUGCUAACCGCGGCUAAGCCUGGCCUUGGUUUAGCCGAAGCGAGUGGGCUCCUCGCGUUUGACCCAGCUCCCCCCCACCACCACCACUUCCAGAGGAAACUCACAGCCGAGCACGGGCCGUUUAAAAAGCCACGAACGUGGCAAAACGUCACGGCGUGGGCGGGGCUUAGGAUUGUCAACAUCCUGAUGACAUAACUGGUUUCUCCAAAAUGGCGACGGCGGAGCAGAGAGGAGCAGGUCAGGACGACCCGGAGAGCGACGACGAGGUCUACGAGGUUGUGGACCUCACAGARUACGCACGGGGCCACCAGUGGUGGAGCCGGGUGUUUGGCAACAACUCCGGCCCGAUCGCUGAGAAGUAUUCGGUGGCGACUCAGCUCAUGAUGGGAGGGGUGACCGGAUGGUGCGCCGGCUACGUUUUCCAAAGAGUUGGGAAGAUAGCAGCGACUGCUAUUGGAGGCGGGUUCCUUCUUCUACAGAUUGCCAACCACAGCGGUUACGUUCAGGUGGACUGGAAGAAGGUGGAGAAGGACGUGAACAAAGCAAAGAAGCGCCUGAAGAAGAAAGCGAACAAAGCGGCUCCUGAAAUAAACACAUUCAUUGAGGAGGUAAAGGCCACAGACUUUAUAAAGAGAAACAUUGUCCUGUCCAGCGGGUUCGUCGGGGGCUUUUUUCUUGGAUUGGCCUCCUGAAGACACUGUGGCCAUCCUCCUCUUUCUGUGAAUCUUCUGAGUUGCUCGCCGUUGUUUACCUCUCAGCCUCGCUGAUUUAUUACUCAGUGAAGAGGCAGUUCAGUUAAAUGUGUAAACUUGAUCUGUUGUGACUUCGAUGUGACCCCUCAGUUUCAGAUCAUUUGAGAGGAAUCGCGAGCACAUCAUGAAGUGUGUUUUGUUGAUUCUGUUGCGGUUCCUAACAUGUACUGUAAAKAAGAUUGUUGUAUUUUAUUUUAUUUGCAGGACCAUUUGUGAAUGUCAGGUUGCCACAAAAACACGAGUUUMUUUUAUCCAGAGUUUAUUUAGGUUUGUUGGAUUGAUUUAAUGUUAGCAGUACAUAUUAUAGCCCAGUAUGUAUCCUGUAAGUACCAGAUACUUACAGGGUAACAAGUUACUUCAGAAUAUAACAUAGUCCCUAUGGGUACCUAGUACCAAAUAAC